GGUUAUGUGACUACUCUAUUAAUUACUAUUUAGAUCUGGUCACCUUCUUACUUUAAGUGAUUAUAUAUGCCUUGCUCUCUCAUCGAGCACCGACCAAGAUGAACGGGAACGGAAGCAAUGGCAGUUUCGAAUUUGGAACGGGACCACCUGGACCUCCAAACGGAGGAGGUGGGGGAUGGAAUCGAGGACAAGGAAACCAAGGAGGGUGGAACGGGGGGAAUGGAAAUCAAUGGGGAUGAAACAAUAAUGGUGGCGGUGGAUGGAAUAAUGGAAAUGGCUCAGGAGGCUGGAAUAACGCAAACGGGGGAGGUGGAUGGAACAAUGGCAACGGAGGAAACCACUGAGGAGGAAACUGGAAUGGGGGAGGUUGGAACAAUGGCGGAGGCGGUCAACGAAGGGGACCUAAAUGUUAUAACUGCGGGCUAUUCGGCCACAUCUCGCGUGAAUGUAAUGCGCCAAGGCAGAACAACCAGGGACAGCAAGGAACUCAGAUGCGCUACCAAGGACCCCAGGCGAUGGAAGCGUCGAGCGGCUCCUGUGCUGAAGCUACUGUACCAGCCGUGUUGAGUAAGGAAGUGGAAGAAUCCCUGAAGUGCAUGGCUGCCUACGUUCAAAUGCAAAUGAAGAAGGAUGAAGAAC